AAAGCACUUAUGUUAUUCUCGUAAGCAAUGAAUUGGGUUGAGAGAGAUCUCCCCGUAAUUUAGAAACGGCAAAGGGAGCCUUGUGGUGUUGUUAUGUAAGGCUUUUAGCGGUUUUUACCAAGUUACAACAUUAAGAAGAUGCAGUCCACACUUUUUUUCGCCACGGGCUAUACUUUACAACUGUGGUAGCUACAGCGGUAUUUAUAUCAUUUAUAAUAAUAGUAGUUAUGAUAUUGAUGGUAGUAGUAACAAUUAUUAACAAUAAUUAUAUCUUCUAAGAUCUUGUCAAAUGUUUUACAUUUAGUUCCAUCAGCUAAAGUAUAAAUAAUUAGCUUUAUAUAAGUCCGACAAAAACGGACUAAUUGAUAACUCAAUCUCACCCAACCAAACUCCGUUUUUUGGGCGGCUAUUUUAUUUUGUCGACAUGUCUUCGCAUCAUCUUCAGAUAUAAUAAGUAAUGGAUGUGUUCAUAUCAGCAACAAAUUUAAUAAUUGUAGUAGUAACACUUAUCAGUAAUACUAUUAAGAAGCAAUUGUUAACUUUGGUGAUAAUGUUUCUGUACAAUGUUGCGCAUCGCGCUCGUCAUUUGUUUGUGAGGUUUGUUUAUGUUGUGAGCGGGAACUUGGGAAGGGGAAACGAAACGAUGUAGCUUAGGCUCUUGUCAGGUUGGGACUGAGGUAAAUAAACACCGUUUUUAUGUCUGCCUUUGAUUUACCCUGCCACACUGGUCUACACGAUCAACAUAUUGGUAGCAGAGCGUGGCAGGAAAGAGGGGAUUGACAAGUACUAGUUUAGAAGAUAGGCUAAGACAUCGUAAACAUGAAUAGUGUCGGCGAAUGUGGCGGUAGGCUGGUAUUGCCAGUUUUCGGUGCUGAUAACCGCUGGAAACAAGAGCUAAAAGCAUGGCAGCUUGUCACAAGCAUCGAGAAAAAGAAACAGGCUGUGGUUGUUUCCCUGUCAUUCCCAGAAGGAAGCGAGGUAAGGAGCAAGAUUUUCGAGGAAGUGGAUAUUGAGGUUUGACAGCUACAAAAAGGAGAAGGAACAUACAAUGGAGAAGUACAUUUUGGAAUUACAAACUGCCUCUACCUAUUUUCACCAUGCAUAAAGACCAUCUUACAAACAAGGAAAAGUCCACAGGAUUACCUGCCUGGGACUUCAAACAGAAGGGCAGUCAUCAGGGCCCUUACAGAUGAUCUAGUAAAGAAGCAUAUUGUGUAAGUACCUCAUUCUUUAUCUAUUUCAUUGCUUUUAUACCUUAGAUGCCCCUGGUAUAUUAUGUUAUCCCUUGCUCAUAUAUUGUCUGCAACAAUAUUAAUUAAAUUUCAGUGUAUUAUUAAACAUUAUAGUUUUGUAAUCUCUCUGCUUAUAAAUGCAAAAUAAUAUAAAGUAUGUAUAUAUUACACAGCCUUCAAUAUUGAGCAGGGCAAUAUUUGAUUUUCUGUGACUUGUUUCCUGUUCACAACAUAACAGAGUCGGGUUUCUAUUCAGGACACUGUCAAAGCAAGGAUACACCAACCUAGUGAAUGCCCUGUUCAGUGAAUAUCCACACAUUGGAGACCCUAAAUGUUGGAGGAUGUCCCUUCGUACCAAGAUGAAAAAUAUUCGAAUGCCAUUAGAAUUGAAUAAUGUGCAAUUUCUUAAAAAAAAAAAAAAAUUUGGUUGCCUAGGGACAGGAGGUCGUAAGAGGGUUGCAGAAACAGUGGAUGAAGAAAGGGAGGCCUGUAAGAAAAGACAGAAACUUAAGAUUGAUUUAGAUGGACCUGGGGAUGAUGAAGUGACUACACUCAGCCACAUAGAUAUUUUAAUGGCUGAUAUAAGAGGAUCACCUGAUCUUGCUAUGAUUGCAAGAAAAAUGGAGAGGACUUGUGCCUUCAGAUGGAAGAAGAUCAACGAUCCAAAUUUGUCUGUGGAAGACAUCCUCUUAGAUUUUCCAGCUCUAAGGAAAAGAAAUUUUAUUUCUGCGCACGGUUUGCUUUGCAGCUUCUGCCGUCACUUUAAAGAGAAUGAAGAAUAUCUUCUAGUUCAUUCACAUGAGGACAUAAACCUCCAGCUCCAGUCCUCACCUUUCAAGGAGGAGAAUACCAGCUUCACAUUAAUGGCAGCUCUGUCUUUUCUAGGAAAAACUCCAAGUUUACAAAUGCUUUAGAGUCGUUGUUUACUAAUUCUUAUUUUGUAUUUUCAUUGGAAUAUCCAAAACCAAUUGAAAAAACUUUGUUAUUCUUGGAAUCAUAUAUUUCAACAUAACUGCAAAUUACCUUCUUCUGUUUGUACAUGGGAAAAAAAAUUGGCAUGGCAUAAUAAUGAGUCUAUAUGUAGUUGCUCUUCCUUAUGUUAUGAAUUUAAAAUAGAUGAUAAUAUGCAUAUUAUACUGACAUUGUUUUUUGUAAAUGAAAACUACUGAAAUGGCAAUUUGUCUGUCCAUCCGCACUUUUCCUGUCUGCCCUCAGAUCUGGAAAACUACUGAGGCUAGGGGGCUGCAAAUUGAUAUGCUGAUCAUACAGCCUCCAGUCAUCAAAUAUACUAAAUUGCAGUCCUCUAGCCUCAGUAUAUAUUAUAACUGCGAAUGUUUAAUCAAGUGACUUUUGGCAACAUUAUAAUUGUCAAGUACUGCAUCUGUAGCAUACCGAAC